AUGGAUCUCGAAAGUGAACGGAAGCGUCACACCCUCAAGGUUCCGGGCAAGAGAACGUGGUCCCCAGGGUUUCCAGCGCAUUCCCGCGACGGUGUCGAUCAUGCGACACCGACAGCGGGACGACUGCAAAGUGGCGAGCAUCACGAUGGGUCCGAUCCAAAAAGACCCAGACUUUUGACUAUAGCCCCAAGUCGACCACAGACCCAGCCAGAGCCUAACUCUUCGCGAGCUAAGCCGGCGUUGGGGAGUCUACCAAAUGAAAUCCAACAGCACAUAUUCAGUUUCCUGGAUCCCAUCUCGCUCGGACGCAUAAUUCGUGUCAAUCGCUCUUUUCGCUCCCUCAUUGACCCUGCUGCGUCAUUACCAGAGGCAUCUGGCCAGGCUAGACAAUUGACCCUGCGCAGUCAGGACCUGGUCUGGGCGACAUCACGAAAGACCUUUUUCCAAGGAUUUCCCAAGCCUAUGGAUGCAAUGACUGAACUGGAGAUGUGGAGGCUCGCGCUUGGGCGGCGCUGUCAAUACUGCAGUUCGAGGGGUCAACCCGAAAAUAUGUCUCUUUCCACAUCGUCGCCCUGGCACGCUGGUCCUGGACUCAAAAAUGUUCGCACCAUAUGGCCGUUUCGCGUCAGGACUUGUGGUAGCUGUCUAGAGCCGCGACUGGUCAAGGAAACUGAUUUACUUGUCUCGGGUUCGUCUGCGCUACUUCCAGGCCUCCCUUUUGCAAUAUUUACCCCCUCCCUGGAUUAUGUGGCUUCUGUGGUAUUGCGGCAGGUAUCUAUUCCUCCGGACAUCCAGCUCACCAAGUAUUACUUCAAGCCUCAAUUGGAAGAUCUUCAACGCAGCCGAGAUGGCGUUCGAGCCCUGGGAGCUGCCGCCUUGGAGGAAUGGUACAAGGGGCUAGAGGACUUGGGGCAGCAGCAAAUUGCAGCAGCAGCUCGAUUUGACCAAUGGCAACUCAAUUCUCCCUUCUGGAAAACCUCUACACCAGCACGGGGGAACACAUCCCAGGCCGGUUUCCCGCGCGCAUCGAACAUAAUCCAAGACGAGAGACCAUUGCAACUCCUUCCUGGGACCAGGGAUGGACUUCCGAUCCCCCCGCUAGCUAAGUCUGCGGGUUUACUCAAUCCGGGCGCUAUCUCGCACGCGCGACCCGCGGCGCACCUGCUACCGCCUGAGACCAACGUCUAUGCAGUUCAACAUGGCACCGCACAGCCCCCAGCAGGUGUGGACAAUCACACCGGAUCGAGCUCCAUACAAUCUUCCCCGCGGCAUAGAGUCGAGCGAAGCCCGAAAGAAGCAGAAUUGUGCAAAGCAGAGCGCCGAAAAGAAAUAGAGCGUCGCUGCCUAGCUUUUGACCCUCCCAUCAUGCCGUCGACGCUUGUUCAUAUGGAAGCGUUCAAAGCGGCUAUCCUAAUCUCUCAGCCCUUAAAUGACAAUGCGUGGGAUCUUCUCAGACCUCGUCUUCUGGCGCAGCGUUUGGAGGCCGAACAAACCGAGAGGAUGCACAACGCUUCGCUGAACUACUCUACGAUACCCCCUGAAGGACGUCGAGCGCUUGAAGAAGAACGACGCGUAGCUCAAGAAAAUGUCAGCCACAUGUGGCUCGAGUUGAAAGUCCCUGCUCGGGACAAAAUCCAGACAUAUGCUCAAGAGUUCAUCCAUCAGACUUGGUCCGGCGGUCGUGGCGUUACGAAGGCCACUGCCAGUAAGUUUGCUGCCGAGGUCCUUUGCCAUGUUCGGCAGCGAUUUGAUGAGGUGAUCGCCCAGGAAGACAGGAUGCUUGCCUUGAAGGGAACGGGCUUCCCGCAAGACCCUGAAUCCCAGGCUUGCAGAAAAUUAAAGCUGGAGGACAUGAAAUGGACAUUUGAGGAGUAUGUCAAACCGCACACUGAGAGAUUCGGCAAAGAUCUUUUUCUUUGCCGAGUCUGCGACACAAAUCAGAAACUGUUUUCCUUUGAAGCGGUUAUCCAGCACUAUGCCGCAAAACACACAAGUGCUCUGAGCCAUGGCACCGCUGUCGUCUACUGGAGGGCACCUUGGCCUAUCGACCCACCCUUUGACCCGUCUCCCAACAUUCCAUGGAUUCAAGAAGGACUUCGCAAUGUGGAACAGCCUGCUGCUUCUCUCCGGCGUGAUGUGAACUUCGGGUAUCCAGCCUCUGGCCCCCAUCGAAAUCUUCUCGAAACAGUCGCUGCUCUGGCACUCGAGUUCUGGCACAAAUUAGAUGGUAUCUGGGAUCUUUCCGAUGCAGUCCGACUUUAUGUUGUUGUCCAGCAUAUAAAUGUCAUGCUCUUGAGAGAAUCCAAUGUCGAACUGGAUCUCCAUCUGUUCACACGCGCAAUCAUGCAGCAGCCCGAGUUACAAUCGAUCAGGGAUCUUGUCGGACUGGGAUGCAGAACGUGCUCAGAGCUCGGCAAAAUGGCGGCUGCCCCGUUUCCAGGACGGACUCCAAGCCGCUAUUCCCUCCUGGAGCUGUUGGUCCAUUUUCAGCAAGUCCACCUUGAUCUCGAAGGAGCCAGCGCGGAAACUGGCGCAACCCCGUUGUCCUCUUGGGCUCCCGCACGAGCGGACUGGAAGCGAGAUAUGAUAUGGCUGCCAAGUCCAGCCGCUAUCCAAGCCCUCCUGCAUUCCCCAGGGAUUGACCGCGAUAAGCUACAGAUAAUUGCAGACGCGUUUCCGAACUAUUUUGCGCAGCCUUUCCACUGUGUCGGACCAUUGCCAUCGACAUUGAUUCAGGGUGAAACCCAAGUUCCGACAGCACCCAGCGCGCGCUACCUUGAACGCAGAGGGCCCCAUAUCGCUCGCCGCAGUGGUCGUGGUAGUGGCGAUGGGUCGUACAUUGCCCCUACUGAGGAGUCUGGCAUUACCGCGGAAGAUGAAUACGAUCCUCAUCGUCCGGCCCCCACAUUUAGGCGGUCGCAGCACCAUGAGGUUCGACAUCCAAUGCAAUCCCCUCCCAGGGAAAGUACCAGACAUGAAGAACUGCCGUACUAUCCUGAAAGGGCCCCCAUAUAUCGUCAGUACUACUACCAGAAUGCUGAUUAUGACCGUGUAUGGGAUCAGCAUAGCAGGGACGGUCCUUUGUCUGGAGCUUCAAUGGUGUGGUCUCACGACGAUGGUUCCUCAAGAUUCUCAUACUUGGAGCCCUUGAAUAGAAACAGCGAGACCACUGCCGAAGGCGCCUCUGAAGCAGUCCCUGGAAGCAAAGCGGGAAGCCGACGGUCUCUUCCGCUAGCCGUGGAUACGGAUAAGGCUGGUGCAGGAAGGAAUCUUGAUGGCCAACGCAACAUUGACGAGGAGCCCGCAUCAACUGCAGCCGCAAACUUUCUCGAGGAUUUCGAUCCCACGCGGGGAGAAAUCGCCGUCAGAUUUCCGUCAGACACGGGAGCCUUGCACACCCGCCAGGCUGAGCAGAUUCAUUUGGGCUUGCCCCAUCCUCGGCCCGUCGCCAGACAUGCACAAGAGUACCAAGCCGCUCUUCGUCCCGGCAGCCGGCUCGGCGACAUUGAUCCUCUGCCGAUACGGUUGAACCACAGGCCUGACCUCCGCAGAAACUCCUAUCAAAGGCUCAAUAAGCCCCGUCCGGUGAUCUCGGAAGGAGCUGGACCGGGGACUUCGCGCAGUCUGGUGGCUGAACGCGAGUACAUGGGGAGUCUACCAGAACGAUCACACAGGGCCUCGUUCCAAAGCACGAAUGAAACACUUGACGACAGAGGCGUCGGGUUGACUGGCUCUUCGUACGAGACUCGAUAUUACCCUGAAGAUAACCAAUAUCGUCGGAGCACCAGAAGAUACGAGGCGGCAGGCUCUGCUUCGGCAGAACUCUCGACGCGCAUGGAGCACAGCGGGCCACGCCGAUACAUCGACAGCCGCAGCUGGACUGGCGGAAACGAUGACGACGACGACCGUAGACAAUACUGGCACCGAGACACCAGUCACGAGUACUAUGGUCGUGCCUUUCCACAAGGCCGCUCCGGUGUUGGCGCUGUGUAUGGUGCUGAGCAUCCUUCCGCGAGAGAAAUCGACUUUGUCGGACACGAUGUUCGACAUGCCCGAGGAGAGCAAUUUGUGCCAGAGCACCGGGUUUGGACUGUGGCAGACGACACCCGCGAGGUUGUCUACAAGCCCCUUGACCCGCCUAUGCGAUAUGCUCCUGGCUGA